CGGUGGCGGUGCCGCCGGCUCCCGCGGCCCCCACCCCGCUUCCCCUCGCCCCGGCCCUGCGUCCUCAUGGCCGGGCAGGAGUGGGACUGGUUCCAGCGUGAGGAGCUGAUCGGGCACAUCAGCGACAUCCGAGUGCAGAACCUCCAAGUGGAACGAGAAAAUGUACAGAAGAGGACCUUUACCAGAUGGAUAAACCUACAUUUGGGAAAGUGCAAGCCUCCUCUGAAAGUGAAGGACUUGUUUAUUGAUAUACGAGAUGGCAAAAUCUUGAUGGCGCUACUGGAAGUCCUGUCAGGACAGAAACUGAUGCACGAGUACAAGUCUUCAACACAUCGCAUUUUUCGUUUGAACAACAUAGCCAAAGCACUGAAAUUCUUGGAGGACAGUAACGUAAAGCUGGUUAGCAUUGAUGCAGCAGAAAUAGCAGAUGGAAAUUCCUCUCUGGUACUUGGACUAAUAUGGAAUAUAAUCUUGUUUUUUCAGAUUAAGGAGCUGACAGGCAACCUGAACAGGAACUCCUCCUCCUCCAGCCUGUCCUCUGGACCCAGUGGUCCAGAGUCAGACACAUCUUACCCCAGCACUCCCAGCGUGGAGAGAAACAUGUCCAUUACAGUGAGGGAUCAGCGGAAAGCCAUCAGAGCCCUUUUAGUUUGGGUUCAGAGGAAAACCAGAAAGUACGGCGUUGCAGUUCAGGACUUUGCCAGCAGUUGGAGGAGUGGCCUUGCUUUUCUAGCUAUCAUAAAAGCAAUAGACUCUACUUUGGUAGACAUGAAGCAUGCACUGGAGAAAUCGUCUCGAGAAAACCUGGAGGAUGCUUUCAGCAUAGCACAAAAUAAACUGUCUGUUCCUCGGCUCCUAGAACCAGAAGAUCUGAUGGUGGAAUCACCCGAUGAACAGUCGAUUGUGACGUACGUGGCACAGUUUCUGGAACAUUUCCCAGAGCUGGAAGGGGAAGAUUUUACAGAUCCUGACAAAGAGCUUCCAAUUGAGUCCACAUAUGUUCACAUCAAGGACACACCUUCAGAAAAGGAAGGCAAAAUCUUGAUUUUAAGUGAGAGUGAAGAAAACAUGUAUACUGUUAACCAUGAAAGGAGUCAUCCUGCUCCUCCAAAGGUUCAUAUUCAUGACAUCCCUGAGAGAAUCCCAUCAGAAAACAUUCCUGAAAAAUGCAACGGGAAGUCAAGUGAAGUGUUAGGUGAUCCACUGGAAAUGUGUGAAGAGGAGCCUCAGAGGCCUACCUCACUGAAAAUUACAGGCUCUGUUAGUUUUGAAUCCAAUUCCCCUUGGGAGGUUCUAAGUGAUAAAUUCAUGCCAGGUGAAGGGAGCAUAUCUGACGAUUCACUGAAACAGAGCAAUGACCUUUCUCCAGCUGUUCUGACAGAACAGAAAAAUUCUGCUGACUCUUUUGAAGACUACUCUGAAGAAUUAACUAAAGAAACCUCUACUGAAUAUGACAAUGAAACUAAAAGCCUUUCAGCCAAUACUUCUUCUUUGAGUCCAUUAUCAUGGACUUCAGGUAUACUUACAGAUGAAUCUAUAAAUAAAGUAGAAGAGAGCAAAGCCCAGACUUCUAUUCUUUUACCAGAAGAUACCUCAAAACAAGAAGAAACACACAAGUACGUUCUUAAUCUUCUAAAUGAGGAAGUACUGAAACUUCCACAAAAUGAACAUACAAAGCAAUCACCUGUCUUUGAGACAAGAGAAACUAAUCAUUGUUCAAUUAAUGGUUCUGAUCUCAAAAGUGAAGAACUAUCUACACAGCACGAAACAUCUGAUGACUCUCUCUCAGAUGUACCUAAAAAUCCAGAGGACCUGGACAGCUUUGAUGAAAUUGAGUCUUCAGCUGAAGUGCUACCUAGUUCUUCGAAAGUAUCUGUAAUACCCCACAAUCUCUUUUAUUAUCCACAUUAUAAUGUUCCCAUAUCAGCAGUUUUGAAUGCUUAUCUUGAGCCUUGUAUUGAAGGUUAUGAUACUGGAACUGGCAAAGCUUCUGAAACAGUAGCAGAUGUUUCACAUGAGAAGGCCUUACCAGAACAGAACUACAUGGAAGAUGCUCCACAGCCAGAAGUGGGGAAUAAUCUAAGUGUCCUUCCAUCAGAAGUAGCUACUGAAAAUGGGGAGGAAGAAGUAACAGAUACUAAUAGUGAAAUGAAUUCUGCUGAUGAAAAAGAAAUGCCAUUACAAGUAGAAGAGUUUGAAACUGAAAAAGAUGGCGAAAAAGCCAUCAACCAUCAGGAUUCCACUAUUUUGCAACAUCUUGAGCAGACCAUUGUAGAACACCUCGAUGAUUUAUCAAUAGCCAUAAAGACACCAGAAAAAGAUAGCAACAAGGAGGAAGAGGUGAAAAAUGUGUUGAAAGAAGAAGACUUGCCGAUCUUAGAAGUUGCCACAGCUGAUUUGUCACAAGAUAAACUGGAAGAAAUUGCUGAUUGUCAGGAAUUUACCAGAACUAGUGGCAGUGAUUCCAGCAUUUAUCUCCGAAAAAGAUCUCCUAAUACUUCUGAGGAGGAAACCUAUGGUGUAAACGAGCAGAAGACCACAGAUAUGGAUGAAAAUCCUUUGACCAACAGGAAGAAAACAGACUUUGAAGCAAGUGAGACUCCAGCGCCAACUCAUGAGAUUAUGACUGUUGAGCAGCCAGAGCUAUUCUACUUCAUCAUUUUCUUCUGGGUGCUGGUCUACUGCCUUUUACUCCUUCCACAGCUUCUUAGCAACAAAGUUUGAUCUCUGUGAGGUGUGGGAAAAUAGAGUGGCUGGAUUGCUUUGUGUAGCUGCAUAUGAGUAUGUUCCUUCAGGUGAAGCACAAACAGAAACGUAGGACCUGGUAUUUGUGUUUAUUAUCAGGUUGUGUUUAUUAUCAGGUUCCUCUACUGUUGUGCUAUGGCAGUGUCUAAGCACAUUUUAUAUUAUGAUAACUGUAUAAAUAUAUAUAAAAAUGACCUGAUUUAGUAGACGCGAUUUUGUACAUUUGUGCCUUGCUUUAUAAGAUGCUAGAAAUAUGAACAAUUCAGAGCUCUACUCUUCAAAAAUGAUUCUUCUGGCUUCAUUUCCUUAUGUAGGGUCUGACAGCUGUGGAAGAGGGGUGAUGUUGACUUGCCCAUGAAUCUGGCCCACCUGCAAGGGCAAGGCUAGAAAUGCUUUUUCAUAAUUUUAUGGAAUUCUUUGAGGGAGCUUGAGGCAGAGCAGAGCUUCAGGUGGUGGAACAUGCUGACCCCAGGAAUUGAUUGCAAUUCCAAUGGCAGUGCAGUGGAGCACAAAAGCAGGUUGAGGGUUUAUUUAGGUAGGGAAGUUUGAUUUUUAGGAUUUUAAGUUAAUUUUUAUCCUGCACCUUAUUUUAUGUUUAAUUCACAAGAAUAAAUCAGGUGUGGAGAAGUGUCAAGAACAUACAUGCCAGCUGCUGCUUAGGAGGCAUUGUAGGGGAAACAUAGCCCAGAAACUUCUGUAUGGAAUACCUGAAGAAAAACACAUUUUGUAUAUUACUUCUAGUGGACAUCUUUGAAAAGAUAGUCAAGAAGCUUAAUCAGGAACAUAUACCAUGGUUUCAUUUCUGUUUUGUUUUUAAAAGUACCUCACUGCUUCUGAGGCUGCUUCUGCUUCCUUCAUUUCUGCUGCUUUUACUUGCAAGACCAUGCAAAGAUUUCUCCUUUUUUGACGAUACAAAGAAUGAUACUAACCUAAUUUGCUCAGGCUACUCUUAAGGCACAAGUGCUUGGUAAAAGGAUCAGAAAUAUCCUUUAACUGCCAAAAUCAAUAGAGAAAGAACUACAGGUGUAAAACUAAAUACAGAGAAAUGUUGACAGCCAGUGUUGGCUUCCUUGGGCAACUGAAGAGACUCCUGUGGCCUGUCUACAGACACAGUUGAGCUGCUUCUGCAUCUUGUAAUUUUUGUCCACAUCAGUGAUCACUUUAGGAUAUUUGACUUAGGAUUUUUUGCCAGAGAAGGGGUACCUAUGCAUUGCAAGACAAAAGGGAAGUCUUCAUGUUCAAUUUAAUUGCAGUAACUUUUUUCUGUGCAACUUCUAGCAAAGUCACUAUUUUUCAUUAGCACAUUUUUAGUUUCAUACUAUGCUUUAUGUUGCUGCUUCCAUCUUCAACUUCAUUAGGUUGAGUGCAAUGGGCUUCAUAAAUUGGGAGGUUACGUAAUUCACAUUAAGUGAAGGGUAGAGCAUGUGGCUCUAAUUUUUACAUAUUUUGUUUUAGCAUAAGGUGUAGCUCUGCCCUGACUUAGUUUUCAGCAGAACUAAUAGUACCUGAUAUCAGGAGACAUCAGCAUGUAUAGCAAUUUAUUUGCAAGUAUUUGAAACCUGUCUGUAGUCAUGUUAUCUGCUCGGGUAAUCUUCAACUGUCCAUCACACUUCGUUCUUCUUUAUAAGCUUUUUGUUUCCCUGGGAUUUUUCUCCCAAGCCGCAGUUGGAAUUCAGUAGCAGCAGCACACAGCAGGAUAUCUGAAACAUCAAAGAUAAAAUUCUGAGCCUCUUUCAGUUAACAGAAAGCUGAAAUCUUCCUUAUUCUGUCUUGUCACUGUGGACUACAUCUGGAUUCACCCCAUGAACCUAAAAUAAGUUCCUUUGUGCUUGAUGAAGGACAAUUCCCAACUUCAGAACUUAAAUUUUUGUAAAGCAACACAAUUUUAAAAAUAGUCAUUCAUCUGAUGAAAACAUUUUUACAUUUUGAGUCAUCUAUUUUUGUGAUGCAUGAACCUGUUUGUGCUUAUUGAUGAGACAGUGAUGCUUUCUUCCUGUAUUAGAAUUAUUCCAGAUGCUUUCUUAAAAUACAGCUUUACAAGGCUAAUGCUUUGUUUUGGACAGCCUAAAACUUAAUACAAGAAACUUUAUAUCCUUAACUUGAAAACUGGUGAAUACCGUGCUGGGGAAUGGUAGCUAUUUAAUAGCAGCAAGUGGCAAUGUACAUUAGGCUGGAGUAAAAGUGUUGACAGUUCUUCAUUAUGUGCCAUUCUUCAUAGACUCCUUUGGCUUAUGACAUCUUUUUCUGAGCCUUUGUAUCUUACUAUCUGUUUCUUCCAUGUUUCUUAGCAUUCAGCAGAGAUUAUCUGGAGUUGGAUUACAGUCCCUUCAUAGAACUUUACAGCUAUCGAAGGUCAAUCAAGUAAAGUAAGCUGCCUUCUGUCUUCUCUGAAUCACAGAAUCCUAAGGGCUGGAAGGGACCUUUACAGAUCAUUUAGUCCAACCUCCCUGCCAGAGCAGGACCACUUAGAGUAGGUCACACAGGAACUCAUCCAGGUGGGUUUUGAGUGUCUCCAGAGGAGACUCAACGACUCGUCUGGGCAGCGUGUUACAGUGGUCCCUCACCGUCACACUGAAGAAAACCUUCCACGUGUUUCUUUGGAAUGUCUUAUGUUCCAGCUUAUACUCAUUGCCCCUUGUCCUGUCAUUGGACAUCACCGAGACGAUCCUGGCUCCAUCCUCCUGACACCCACCCUUUACUUAUUUGUAAACAUUAUAGAGGUCACCCCUUUGCUGCCAGGAUGCUGUGGGAGAUGGUGUCAAAUGCUUUACUGAAAUCAAGAUAAACCACAUCCACUGUGCUACCAUCAUCUAUCCACCUGGUUACAUCUUCAUAAAAGGCUCUCAGGUUGGUCAAACAUGACGUCCCUUUGGUAAAACCAUGUUGACUGCUCCCAAUGACCCUCUUGUCCUUUAAAUGCCUGGAGACAGUACCCAGGAUAAGUUGUUCCAUCAUCUUUCUAGGGACGGAGGUGAGGCUGACCAGUCUGUAGUUACCUGGCUCCUCCUUCUUUUCCCUUUUGAAGGCCGGAGUGACAUUUGCUCUCCUCCAGUCCUCAGACACCUCUCCUGUUCUCCAUGACUUACUGAAGAUGAUGGAGAGUGGUUUAGCAGUGACUUCUGUCAGCUCCCUCAGCACCUGUGGGUGCCUCCCAUGGGGCCCAUGGAUUUAUGGACAUCCAGACUGUUCAACCCAGUCCUCAUCAGCCACACAAAACUCCUCCUUUAACCUGACUUCCUCUGGAGUCUAGGGCUCCUGAGGAUAGUCUCCAGCAGUAUACACAGAGGCAAAGAAGGCAUUCAGUAACUCUGCCUUCUCUGUAUCCUCUGUCACCAGGGCACCUGCCUCAUUCAGCAGUGGGCCUGCAUUGCCUCCAGUGUUAGUUUUGUCCACAAUGUAUUUGAAGAAGCCCUUUUCGUUGUCCUUGACCUCCCAUGCAAGGCUCAACUCUAAUGAGGCUUUAACUUUCCUAGCUGCCUCCCUACAUCCUUUGAUGACAGUCUCAUAUUCAUCUCAAGUGGCCAUCCCUUCCUUCCAUGAUCUGUAAACUCUCUUUUUCCACUUGAGUUUGCCCAACAGUUCCCUGUUUAACCAUGCGGGUCUCCUGGCUCCCUUUGAUGUCCUACCUGCUGGGAUGCUCUGACUGUGAGCUUGGAAAAAAACUGAAUAUAGACCAACUAUCUUGAGCCCUUUUACCUUCUAGUACCCUGUCCCACGACGUGUCCCCUAUCAAUUGCUUGAAAAGGCCAAGGUUGGCUCUGCUGAAGUCCAAGGUUGUGAUCCUGCUUGGUAUUCUGUUCCUACUGCACAAGAUCCUGAACUCCACCGUCUCAUGGUGGCUGCAGCCAAGGCUGCCCUCAACCUUCACCACUUCAACUAGACCCUGCUUGUUUGUGAGUACAAGAUCCAGUAGUGCUCCUCUCCUAGUUGGUACAUCCACCAUUUGCAUCAAGAAGCUACCAUUGAUGCACUGAAGGAACCUCCUGGACUGUAAGUGGAAGCCAUGUAGGCCUUCCAGCAAAUGUCUGGGUAGUUAAAAACUCCCAUGAGAACCAGGGCCUGUGAUUUUGAGGCUGCUCCCAGCUGCCUGUAGAAGGCCUCAUCAACCUUCCCAUUCUCAUCAGGUGGCCUGUAACAGACACCCACAACAGUGUCAACACAUGCUAGCCUGCUCCCUUAAUUCUAAACCACAAACUCUCAACUUGCCCUUCAUCCUUGCCUGGGCAGAAUUCAGUACAUUCCAGUUGCUCUCUCACAUAAAGAGCAACUCCACUACCUCACCCUGUUGGCCUGUCUCUCCUAAAAAUGACACAGCCAUCCAUGACCACAUUCCAGUCAUGUGAGCUGUCCCACCAUGUCUGCAAUAGCCACCAGAUCACAGCCCCUUGCCCAUACACAGAGUUCCAACUCCUCCUGUUUAUCCCCCAUGGUAUGUCCAUUGAUGUACAGGCAUUUCAAGAAGGAAGCCGAUCACGUAGGAUUCACCCCUGGCACUGGCUUGCCACCCUUAGCCUCAACUCUAACAGGCCUGGUUUUAUCUCCUCCUCCCUUUAAAAUUAGUUCAAAGCCCUUUCUAUGAGCCCUACUAACUCAUUCACAAGGAUCCUUCUCCCCCUUUGAGACAAAUGAACUCCAUCCGUCACCAGACCUGGCAUAAUGAAAAUUUCACCAUGGUCAAAAACCUCAAAGUUGUGUUGGGGGCACCAGUCUCUUCUCUCCUUCCUCCUAAGAAAAUUAAUCAGAACAAGGUCUUUGGAUGUCUCCUCUAAACAACUGAUGCCUGUACAGAAUGGAAAAGUGAACAGGAAGGCACUGAUGGUGACAACUUCAUCACACAGUGUUCAGUGGUUUCUGCCAUGAGGGAGAAAAAAAAGCAUUUUCUUUCUUGCCUCCCACUGAUGAACAGUGACUGAAACAGUGAAAUGGGCAGUUUAAAUGUCAAACAGCAUCCAGCAAUUUUGAUCAUUUUGCUUUCCAGCCUAUCCCAUUAAGAGUUGGAGAUUGUUUCUUCCAUGCAAAAUAGAUGAAAAAAGCACAUUAGUCCAUGAUACUUGGUAUUGCCUUCCAUAUUUGGGUUUGAUUAAUUGUGGUUUUGCUGUAACAGCAGCAGUCUGCCUUACUCAGUCUCUCCAUGAGUGAGAAGAUUCAGGAUAAAGAGUUAUAAGUGUUCAUGAAGAGAGACCAAACAAAGAGUUUUGAUGUUACUUGGAACUGCAAAAAAACUUGACACCUGCAUAAGCAGCAGCUGCCCUCAAUUAAAUUGCCUUGUAAGCCUGCAUCUUUCCUUCCACAGUACAAGAUCCAAUCCCUCAGUGCAAGUGCCCUCUUUUGAAAACAUUGCUUGUUGUUGGACUUCCUGUACUGUUCUGAGCUUAUAGUCUAAAAGCCUGACUGUGAAGUGUUCACUGUGGCAAAGCCCAUUUUAACUUGCUGGCUAAAGGACUGGCUUGAGGUAGCAAAGGUUUUAAAGGCUGGUGAGCAAUCUAUUGUCCAUCCGUUUUCCAACAGAUAUGUGCACUGUCCGAAUGAGGAAGCUUUUCAUGAAUUUUUGCCUGAAUUUUUUGAAAAGUGCUAAGCUUGCACUUUACCACAUUUGGUAUUUUGAUGUAGCAGCAGAAUUCAGAUACACAAAGGUACCGAUCUGUUAAGACUGUUUCUAAAACCUGUUGUUGAGCAAACGUGUGUGCAGCAGAGUAUUGUGAAGUGUCAGGAAGUGCUUGAGGAAAACUGGAUAAAGGGUGUUUGGUGUCCACAGAAGCACCAAUAAAGACUGGGAAACAACUAUGAUAGGAUGGUUCAAUGUCAGGGUAGUCACGUAACUUAACUGCAUAGUGUUUCAUUGUGAUUUUAUAGAAAGUGCAAGGAAAGAAAGACUAUUAAAGACGGAACCCCACUGAAUGUUUAUGUGGCAGAUGUCAAAGAGUUGAAGAAAUCGGUUAAACAGUCACAUAAUCUACAAGCUGAAUUGAAUAUAGCCUUUGCCAAAUUGUAGGAAAUGAUUGGUGCAAAGAUAGGGAAGCACAGAUUAGAGCAAAAAAAUGACAAUCAUUUUCCAAUGCCAUGAAUAUUUUUGAUAGAUUGAGCUCUAAAAUGUAUUUUUAUUGAGUUUCUAGAUUGUAAUGAAUGUGUCUACAGAAUUUUAUGCAAAGCUUGAGAGUUCAGCUGUUUUAAAAUGAUUUUUUUAUAUAGCAGUGAUUAUUUUCUCUAUAUAUUUAAUAGAACUGUAAAGCCAUUUUAAGAGUACCUAUAAAAUUCUAUGUAUGUGAUACGAUAAUUUAUUAAUUAUUGCUCAUGAGAAUGAACAAUAAGCUAUGCAUCAGUUGUGUCAUCCUUUUGAAAACUGGAAACUGCAACUAGAGGAGUUUGUAAUGAUCAGUAGACUUGAAAAACAUGGGAAAUGAUUGAAUACAAUUGUGUGAUUCUUCAACCUGCAUAGCAAUAUGUCAUUUUGUGAGGUUUCAGCUAAAGUUGCAAAAUAUACUGGGUGAUUAAGCUACUUUCUUCCAUUAAAACUUCCUGAGGCUGAAAUUUCUACCUGAUGAUAUUUGAUGUCUAAACACACUUAAAUCCUCUGCGUCUUUUGGAGACUGACAAUUUAAUCCAGCUCAAUAUGAGUGUGAACUUCUUUACCCAUAUAGUGCUCCACUGAGUUUACAGGAGUACCAUUCAAUUCCCAGAGGCUUUUUUAUUAGGGUUUUCUGCACCAAUCCCCUCAGAAGCAGAGCUUUAGAAGAUUUAAUUUGGCCAGCGUAUGUGGUACCAUAUUCAGCCAUCUAACAAGAUAGUAGUGAUAACAAUGCAUUAUCACUCAUGUUAGCUUUAAGUACUUGAUUCCCUUCUUGACAAGAUUGAACUUGAAUGCAUCCAGUGAUGUGUUCAGUUCCUUACUUCUGUGGAAGUCAAAGCAACACAUCUGUGUGCUAGGCACACACUACAGGAUCUGGCCCUGAGGGGACCUAUACUGAUGUUAAUUGCAUAGGCCAGGAACUAGCAGAAGCCUCUGCAUUGCCCUUAGUGGGAUCCCCUCAAAUCCAAUGUACACAAACAAUGCCCCAGACUUCAGUUAACACCACUGUAGGCAUAGCAUUUGUUUGCCUAAAUUCUGCAGGAUGAAUCCUCUCUUCCUCAUAGUUACCAUCUCCUUCCAUUUUUUUAUUUAAGAGAACAGCAGCGGGAAACAAAUGCCUAGAGGAUGAGGGUGAGGUUACAGGCUGGAACGUGGCCAUGAAGGUUCCCAAACCACUACAGCUGAAAGCCCCUCCCCUGACAGUGGGUUGCCCGCUGUUUUCCAUUGAGCUAAUAGGUAGUGGAUCUGAAUGGAGGUAACCCCCCAAGUUUUUAUAGCUUGCUUACUCUGCCCAUUGCUUGACACAACUCUGGUACUCACAAAGGAUGAAAAUUAACCAUUUUAUUUUCAAGGACUGUGCCCAUCUCAGAGUUAUCUUAACUUAAAUUGUGGAACAUCAAAAUAUCUCUUUCCUCCUCUAAAUGUGACCUGUGGAAAACUUCCUUCCACCUCAAUGGCACUUUUGAUGACUCCUUUCCAGGCAGCUGCUACUGCUGACAGUGGAAAACAAGAACUGUGUUAUUUACUCACCAUGAGGGAAAUGCCUUAAGGUUAUGUCUCUGGACUAUAAAAUUGGCCUCUGGGUCAUUAAUAUAGUUCUUUCUUCAUGAAGACAUUAGAAGGGGCAAUAAAAAUAAUUAACUUUACCAUGGUGAAAAAUACUGAAAUCUACCCUUCCAAGAAACGAUACAUCCUGGCCUUCACUACUGUGUUCAGGCCAGGUAAUAUUUUAUUCUCAAAGCAGUUUCAUUACUUUCACUGGGCCUUCCAGAAAUGUCUUUGAUUUGCAGAAUAGAUUUGCUCUGUGUCCAAAGACUAAUUCAUACAGGGAGGUCCUGAUCCACAGCCAUCACUGGACUGUAACAGACAAUCACCAUUGUUUAGUUAGAAAUGACUGUUCUGAUUUAAAUCACAUAACUUUCAAAUUACACGCUGCUCAUUUUUGUGAGAAAUAAUGGAGUCAUUUUUAAUGCCAAAUAAUGAGUCACAUAAGUCUAUUUUUAUUGUAAUAAAAAAUGCAACUUCUGCUUUUAUCUGAACAAAACGUAUUUUAGUAGGCAUAGCAUUUUGUGCUCUUGUAUUCAGCUGUGUAAAAAGCUGAAGGAAGUGUUCUACCCUUCUUGUUCAAGCUCUCCAGUUUCAAACAUAAUCUCUAAAGUGCUAGUUUGCUAAAGAGUUAAUGAGAGACUUCUAUCCCGAAGAAAUCAUUUGUAAGGAAGGAAAGUACUAUUGAAAAUACAUGUUUCUCUUUGGCAAGAGGUGAGGAAUGAAGGAUAUUUAAGUGAGAACAAAUGCUGGGAGACUUUGAGCGGCAUCAAAAGAUAUUCUGAAGGAGAUGCAUUUUUGUGUACUUUCAAAUACAUUUCUGAAUGCUUUCAA